AUGGAAGUUUUCAACCUCACCUCUUCUGACAGCCCCACAUUCAUCCUAAUGGGCAUCCCUGGCCUGCAACCUGCCCACGUCUGGAUUUCCAUCCCUUUCACUACGUGCUACAUUAUCAGCUUGUUGGGAAAUUUCACAGUUCUCUUUGUGGUAGGCAAAGAGCAGACCCUGCGCAAGCCAAUGUACCUGCUGAUCUGCAUGCUGGCGCUCACUGACAUCGGCACCUCUACCUCUGUGAUGCCGAAGGCCCUGUGUAUAUUUUGGUUCAAUUUGAAAGACAUUACUCUAGGGGGCUGCCUCACCCAGAUGUUCUUCCUUCACACAGUUUCCAUUAUGCACUCGGCUGUGCUGGUGACCAUGGCCUUUGAUCGCUAUGUUGCCAUAUGCAACCCUCUGAGAUACACCACCAUCCUCAGCAACGUACGGAUCGCCAUGCUAGGGCUCAUGGGUUUGAUAAGAGCUGUUCUCUUCGUUCUGCCCCUGCCCUUCUUCCUGAGCCGACAGCCUUUCUGUGCCAGCCGCGUUAUCCCCCACACGUAUUGCGAGCACAUAGCUGUGGCAAAGAUCUCAUGUGGGGACAUCACAAUGAACAGGAUAUACGGCUUGUUGAUAGCGUUUUUAGUCGUUGGGUCGGACUUGACGCUCAUUGCUCUGUCCUAUGGUUUGAUCAUCCGGGCCGUCCUCAGAAUCUCCUCCAGGAAAGCCCACCACAAAGCCCUCAACACCUGCACCGCCCACAUCUGUGUGAUGCUGAUAUCGUAUCCUCCUGGCCUCUUAUCCACUCUGACACAUCGGUUCGGUCAGGGGAUCGCUCCCCAGUUUCACAUCAUCCUGGCCAAUCUCUAUUUCCUCCUCCCCCCCAUGCUCAACCCCAUCAUUUAUGGGGUCAAAACCAAAGAGCUACGCGACAAAGUGGGCAAAUACACCUGUAGAAUAUGCUUGCCUGAGGUCACUCAUUCUAAACCUGCAUGACGAGCCAGGAAGGUAUAUCUCCAUGUUAAUCAAGUAUGCGCUGUCCCACUUAGG